AACGCGUGGCAGAUGAUGAUUCGAUUGUUUCACUGGUAUAAUCCCCCGUGUGUAACAGGCCCAAAAAACCCCACACGCAAUCCAAGUAGAUUCUACGCGGGAGUUUCAGCAACUUUCUUGGAACGCCUCUCUGGUGUUUCUUUGAGUUUGCGUUUCAUUUCUGCCGCUUUUUUUGGACUUUUGUUGGUACAAUCUGCGUCUAUUGAUUCAAAAAUGGCAAUAAAAACGAAAGGAUUCUUUGAGGGCAUUUUCCCUGAUGAGCUAAAGAAAAUUCUUCAAUCUGUGGCAUCGGAGUGGGGAGAUGUGGUGGAUAAUAUGGAUUCUUUGCAGGUUAUACCCUUGAAGGGAGCUAUGACUAAUGAGGUUUUCCAGAUAAAUUGGCCAACAAAGAGUGGUGAUGUUAUUCGAAAAUUAUUGAUUCGGAUUUAUGGUGAAGGUGUUGAAGUCUUUUUCAAAAGGGAUGAUGAGGUUAGGACUUUUGAGUGCAUGUCAAGGCAUGGACAAGGGCCUAGGCUUCUUGGUCGGUUUGCAGAUGGCAGGGUUGAAGAGUUUAUUCAUGCCAGGACGCUAUCAGCUGCUGACCUUCGUGAUCCUGAAAUCUCUGCUCUUGUAGCAGCAAAGAUGAGAGAGUUUCAUGAUCUUGAUAUGCCUGGUCCAAGGAGUGUACUCCUCUGGACCAGAAUGAGGAACUGGCUGGCUGAAGCCAAAAGUUUGUGUUCUGCUAAAGAUGCACAGAAAUUUCAGUUGAAUAAUCUUGAAGGUGAAAUCAGUAUGCUAGAGAAGUGGCUGUCACAAGACGAUCAGGAUAUUGGGUUUUGUCACAAUGACCUGCAAUACGGUAACAUAAUGAUGGAUGAAGAUACAAGAUCAAUCACCAUAAUUGAUUAUGAGUAUGCAAGUUACAAUCCUGUUGCAUAUGACAUUGCAAAUCACUUCUGUGAAAUGGUAGCAAAUUAUCAUUCUGAGACACCACAUAUUUUGGACUAUAGCAAAUACCCAGGUUUGGAGGAGCGUCGCAGAUUUGUAUAUGCAUAUCUAAGCGCAUCAGGCAAUAAACCGAGUGAAGACGAAGUGGAACGGCUAGUGGAUGAUGCAGAAAACUACACUCUUGCAAACCAUAUCUUUUGGGGCUUAUGGGGAAUAAUCUCAGGUUAUGUGAACAGUCUUGAUUUUGACUACUUGGAGUAUGCAAGGCAGAGGUUUGAGCAGUAUUGGUUGAGAAGACCUGUACUCUUGGGAUCUUCUGUUGCUUAUGCAAACGGUUAUGCUGUAGAUGCUACAUGAGGGACUCAAUCCAUUCAUUCAUUGGCUUUUACUUCAAUUACAAAAGCAAUCGCCCACAUUGUAACUGCAAACUCAGUUUUUGCACUCUCAACUCAUCUGUGGAAAUCACUGAGAGUAAUAUAUUAGAUUGUUGGGAAUAUGUAAUGCAAAAUUUAUAUAAUUGAGUGUUUUUGCUUUUCCAUACUA